AUGGCCGUGCGCUCCCGCCGCCCGUGGAUGAGCGUGGCACUGGGGCUGGUGCUGGGCUUCACCGCCGCGUCCUGGCUCAUCGCCCCCAGAGUGGCCGAGCUGAGCGAGAGGAAGAGACGCGGUUCCAGCCUUUGCUCCUACUACGGCCGCUCGGCCGCUGGCCCCGGCGCACAGCAGCCGCUCCCCGAGCCUCAUGCUCGGCAGUGGCCAGGGCAGUCGCCGCCCCCAGCGCGCCAGGAGCUCCGGGGGCCGCAGCUGCCUGAAGCAGCGCCCGGGGUCACCAGUUUUCGGAGCAGCCCUUGGCAGCAACCACCUCCGCUGCAGCAGCGGCGGCGAGGACGCGAGCCCGAAGGCGCGACGGGGUUCCCCGGAGCCCCGGUGGCUGAAGGGGAACCAGAGGAGGAGGAUGGGGGCGCGGCUGGGCACCGGAGAAGAGGCCAGCCGGGGAGUAGCCACAACGGCAGCGGGGACGGCGGCGCCGCUGCCUCUAGCUCGCGACCCCGCGAUUUCCUGUACGUGGGGGUGAUGACCGCGCAGAAGUACCUGGGCAGCCGCGCGCUGGCAGCGCAGCGGACUUGGGCGCGCUUCAUUCCCGGCCGCGUGGAGUUCUUUUCCAGCCAGCAGCCCCCCAACGCUGGAGUUGGCCAGCCCCCGCCACCCCUGCCUGUCAUCGCGCUGCCUGGGGUGGACGACUCCUACCCUCCCCAGAAAAAGUCCUUCAUGAUGAUCAAGUACAUGCACGACCACUACCUGGACAAGUAUGAGUGGUUCAUGCGCGCGGACGACGAUGUCUACAUUAAAGGUGAUAAGUUAGAAGAGUUUCUUAGAUCACUGAAUAGCAGCAAGCCCCUCUACCUGGGCCAGACUGGCCUGGGGAAUAUUGAAGAACUUGGAAAGCUGGGGCUGGAGCCUGGGGAGAACUUCUGCAUGGGAGGACCUGGCAUGAUCUUCAGUCGUGAGGUUCUCAGGAGGAUGGUGCCACAUAUCGGUGAAUGCCUCAGAGAAAUGUACACGACUCAUGAGGAUGUGGAAGUGGGCAGAUGUGUUCGACGUUUUGGCGGGACUCAGUGUGUCUGGUCUUAUGAGAUGCAACAACUGUUCCAUGAAAAUUAUGAACACAAUCGCAAGGGUUAUAUCCAAGACCUUCACAACAGCAAAAUCCAUGCAGCCAUAACACUUCAUCCAAACAAAAGGCCUGCCUACCAGUACAGGCUUCAUAAUUACAUGCUCAGCCGCAAGAUUUCUGAACUGCGCUACCGCACCAUCCAGCUCCACCGGGAGAGUGCGCUGAUGAGCAAGCUUAGUAAUAGCGAAGUGAGCAAAGAGGACCAGCAGCUGGGAGUAAUGCCUUCUUUCAACCACUUCCAGCCUCGGGAGAGAGAUGAAGUGAUAGAAUGGGAGUUCCUGACAGGGAAACUCCUUUACUCAGCAUCUGAGAACCAGCCUCCUCGACAGAGCAUCAAUAGCAUCCUGAGAACAGCGCUGGAUGAUACCGUCCUACAGGUGAUGGAGAUGAUCAAUGAGAAUGCUAAGACUAGAGGACGGCUCAUUGACUUCAAAGAAAUUCAGUAUGGCUACCGCAGGGUUGAUCCCAUGCACGGGGUGGAGUACAUUUUGGAUUUACUUCUCUUAUACAAAAGACACAAGGGGAGGAAACUGACUGUGCCAGUAAGACGCCAUGCCUAUCUUCAGCAGUUGUUCAGCAAGCCUUUCUUCAGAGAAACUGAAGAGCUAGAUGUCAACAGCCUUGUAGAGAGUAUUAACAGUGACACUCAGUCAUUCUCCUUUAUAUCUAAUUCUUUAAAGAUACUAUCUUCUUUUCAAGGUCCCAAAGAAGUGGGAGGGCACAGUGAAAAGAAAAUACACAUUCUUGUUCCUCUCAUUGGAAGGCAUGAGACUUUCUUGAGAUUCAUGGAGAACUUUGAAAACACUUGUCUUAUCCCAAAGCAGAAUGUAAAACUGAUCAUCAUCCUUUUCAGUAAGGAUUCUGGCCAAGAUUCCAACAAGCAUAUUGAGCUUAUACAAGAAUAUCAGAACAAGUACCCCAAAGCAGAAAUCACCCUGAUCCCCAUGAAGGGGGAGUUUUCCAGAGGUCUUGGUCUUGAAAUGGGAUCGUCCCAGUUUGACAAUGAUACUUUGCUGCUAUUUUGUGAUGUUGACUUGAUCUUCAGAGGAGAUUUUCUCCAACGAUGUAGAGACAAUACAAUUCAGGGACAACAGGUGUACUACCCCAUCAUCUUCAGCCAGUAUGACCCAAAGGUAACCAAUGGGGGAAACCCUCCAACCGAUGACGACUUCGUCUUCUCAAAGAAGACUGGAUUCUGGAGAGAUUAUGGAUAUGGAAUUACCUGUAUUUAUAAAAGUGAUCUUCUGGGUGCAGGUGGAUUUGAUACCUCAAUACAAGGCUGGGGACUGGAAGAUGUAGAUCUCUACAAUAAAGUCAUUCUAUCUGGCUUGAGGCCCUUCAGAAGUCAAGAAGUAGGAGUGGUCCACAUUUUCCAUCCAGUUCAUUGUGACCCUAACUUGGACCCUAAGCAGUAUAAGAUGUGCUUAGGAUCCAAGGCAAGUACUUUUGCCUCAACCGUGCAACUGGCUGAACUAUGGUUGGAAAAACAUUUGGGUGUCAGGUACAAUCGAACUCUCUCCUGA